AUGGCCUACCGUGUGUUGCUUAGAGCUCACCCAACCACUCCUCUUGACUCUAAUUCAACCUACUAUCGAUGGAUGUUCUUUGUCCAUGGGUUAAAGAGCGGUGGCCUGAAAGUUUCCCAACCUAUUCAGGGGACCGACAUCCCCUAUUUCUACGGCAAAGCGGUAUACGACGGAUCCAUGGCACUUAAUUUUUUGGCCAUCGCUGGUCGCCAUCUGUACUAUCUUGCUCGCAACAAACUCCCCGAAAGUGAGAAUGAGGCCUUACAGCAGAGCCUUGAGGAUGCCUUGGAGACUUUAACACCAUACGGCGUCGAGUACGAUGCUGGAGAAAAAGCCUGGCAAGGACAGACAGCGAGUGAUCAUCGUCGACCUCGAACAGGUCAAUUUUGA